CAACUAGUGCAUAGUGUAUGCGGCUUUACUAUUAACAUUACUACUAUUAUUCUUGACUGUCACGGAGCAGUUCCUCUUCCCUAGAUCACUACUGCCGACUGGGAAGUACGGACAACGAUUCCUAUUGGCAUGAUGGUAUCACACAUGCUCAACCUCAACGCUGCCGGACUAUGCAGCAUGCUAUACUUAGCACACCAAGCAUGGGAGGCCGGAGUCUCGCCUCACACAGGGCCCAAAGGCUAAAGCGCACUCUGACUCGCCGAAUCAGAAGAACUGCUCGCGUCGCGAACCCCUUUUCUGCCCGCCGGAUUUUCAGCCUCAAUCGCUGAGUUAACAGCUUGUCCAUCGUCUUGAUCUCCCUCAUGCAUCAUCUUCCUUGCUAGCCAAGGGGAGCCAUGGUCCGACCCUCUCUUGCUCGAAUGCAUCUACUACUGGACCUCCGCGUGAGAAUGCGUUGAUCAUGGCAAAGGCACGCUCAAAUGCGUUAGUGACGCUCGUGAAUGCCUUCCAGAAGUACCUUUGGAUCGACCCGACUGUCGUAAUCCGACCCGAAGCGACGAACUUGAAAAACCAGAAAGCUGUAACCGCCCUGAUCGAUAGCCAUGGCUUUGACUGGCGCGUCUGGCUUGUCGCCUCUUCCGGCUUCUUCACCGAUUCGUAUAAUUUAUUUGCUGUCAACGUCAUUUUGCCGUCUUUGAGCUAUAUCUACUGGCCCGAUGAAACUAGCGAUGUGCCGGAUCUGAAAAUAAACGCCCUGACCCUCUCUGGCUCUGUUGUGGGCAUGGUCGUAUUUGGCAUCUUGGCUGACACCUACGGACGACGCAAGCUGUAUGGAAUCGAACUUAUGGUUGUUAUUUUCGGGACCUUGGGCACUGUACAGGCAUCCAGUGGAUCAAAUAAUUCCAUGUCCGUUCUUGGCUGGCUUAUGUUUUGGCGGUUUUUCAUGGGCAUAGGUAUCGGUGCAGAGUAUCCCCUGAGUGCCGUUAUUACUGCAGAGUUCGCGCCAAAACAUGCGAGAGCACGUAUGAUGGCAGCCGUCUUCCUCAUGCAAGCUUUAGGGCAACUGGCUGCCGCCCUGGUUGGUCUAGUUGUACUUUUGUCACUGGGCGCAAAAAAUAACCUGCAAAAUCUUGCGUCAACCGAUCCCGAGAGCAAAAGAUGUGUCGACAGCAUUUGGCGGAUAGUGAUAGGUACUGGGGUUGGUCCUGCCUUGAUUGCGAUCCUAUUCCGUGUGACUAUCCCGGAGUCGCCUCGAUACACAUUAGAUGUAGAUCGGGAUGGGCAGCGAGCGUUAGAAGACACAAAGGGCUACUAUAGAGGCCAUCAUAGUGAUGACGACGAUGAUGAUGAGAGGAUAGUUGAAGAUCGCCCAAAGUUUUUCAGCUUCACUGAUUUGCAUGAGUAUUUCAUCACUCAAGGGAACUGGCAUUUUUUAGCCGGGACCACUGCCUGUUGGUUUUUUCUCGACGUUGCGUAUUAUGGCCUCGGCAUCAGCAAUCCCCGACGUAUCGCCCAAAUAUGGCUUUCCACAGCACCGACUAAAACUUCACUACUCCUUACUUGGCAAAAUACUGACCCAACGGAAACUAUCUAUGACGUGCUGAAAUCAGACGGAACUCAAUACAUUAUCACAGUCUCAAUUGGAUCCGUUAUAGGUAGCGUUGUCCUCAUCAAACUUAUUGAUUAUGUUCCCCGUAAGGCCUUAAUGAUGUGGACUUUCAUUUCCUUGGCCAUCUUAUUUGCCGUGAUCGGAGGGAGUCUUUUCUCUGUUGAGUACAGCAAUAUGCAUGCUGUGACUAUCACACUCUACGUUCUUAGUCAACUGGCAUUCAAUCUUGGCCCUAAUGCACUGACAUUUCUCAUCUCUGCAGAGAUCUUUCAAACACGCUAUCGAGCCACCUGCCAUGGUAUAUCCAGCGCCGGAGGCAAAAUUGGGUCGAUCUUUGUCCAAGUUCUCAUUUCAUCCUACAGCACUUCGGAGCCGAAAUCUAUGUCAUCUUUCCUCUUUGGAUUCUGUGGUUGCAUGAUAUUAGGAAGCUUUUGUUGCUGGAUCUGGCUACCUGAUGUGCAGGAACCGCGGGAAAGAGGGAAAGCAUCUGCAUUGCGGCAGUCGUUAGAAAGUACAAAUUCAGGACGCCACAUCAAUGGAGGCCACGUCAACGAUACACAACUUAAUAUGCAAGGCGAGCAUCUGACUCUUGCCAACAUGACAGAUGAUCCCAUGGAGAGGAGAUCAAUGAUGAGUUCGUACAAAAUUCCGAAUAG